AUGAUACAGUCGGAAAGAUUCCAAGCUGAAGAACACCGAAUAGUUACUGAAGAUGGAUACUUGCUCGUGAUUCACCGUAUUCCUCCAUCCACAAGACUUGCCAACGGCCGAGUUGUCAUUUACUUCCACGGACUCUUUGGGUCUUCUACUGACAUUGUGAUCAGAGGAAGGGACAAGGGACUGGGGUUUCUCAUGUCGCUAGCUGGUUUUGAUGUCUGGUUGCCAAAUUUGAGAGGAAGCGCAGAUAGUCAACUCACUGUAAAUGUUACCAAAGACAACCCGUGGGAUUUCAGCUGGGAUGAGAACGCUCUCUACGACUUCCCCGCCAUCAUCGACUACGUCUUGGCUGUCUCAGGCAGCAGUAAGGUGUCGAUUGUCGGAUUGUCGAUGGCUGGCAACGUUGUUCUAGGAGGCUUAUCUCUACGACCGGAGUACAACCAGAAGCUCUCUGGAGCUGUGUUCCUCGCUCCGACCUCUCGCUUGAAGUACACAAGGAGUAUUGUCAAACGAGCGGCUCCUCACUGGCGGUGGGUUUAUAGACUGAUAAAAGAUUCAGGAGUAUCCUGGAUUCCUUUCAUGAGAGUGGAUGUAUUUCACCGCUUCAUGGCCUGGAUGUGUUCCUUGCCUCACGUUGGGCCGUUCUUGUGUGCCUCACUCAUGUUUUCUACUGAGAGUAUAGUCUUCACCAUUGAAAAAGAUCUUUUGCAAAAGGUUUUUGCACACUACCCUCAUCCUGGUUCCACUAAAAGUGUUGUGCAUUUCCUGCAAAUCAUGAACUCAGGUAGAUUCUGCAUGUUUGACUAUGGUCCGGAAGACAACAUGUUGAGGUACAACAGGUCGACUCCUCCAGAAUAUGAUUUGUCCUCGGUUGAUAUUCCUGUGGCCAUCUUCUACAGUCACUGGGACACAAUGGUCAGCUACCAGGAUGUGGAAUGGUUGGCAUCUCAGCUGAAAAACACAAUUCUCGCCUACUCAGUGCCAAAGUACAAGUUUGCUCAUCUCAGCUUCAUGUGGGACCCGAACAUUGAUAGUUUAGUAUACAACAGAGUAAUCAAUGUUCUACAGUCACUUUGACGUUUGUUGGGGCUUAACAACUUACCAAUUUGUGGAGUAGUUCCUGUGACACAUUAUUUGACCUAGAUCAAGAAUGGAUAUCUUACAUGUCUGAGUUCUUAAGUAACUUAUUCCAUUAUUGAUGAAUAUUUCAUCCCCGGUGCAAUAGCUAUUGAGAUCUCUAAGAUACUUUGAGACUCUUCACAUCCUUGAGAUAAUGCAUAUACUGUAAUAUUCUUGAUUCUUGCGUUGAAGAAUACAUAAUAAGUAUAUUAUAUGAAAUAAAUUAUUCAGCUCAGGCUCAAU